AUGAUAUCGAACAUGGCAAGCCCGCUCGGUAUUCCACUCCCUUCAUCGGAAUGGAAACGGCAAAACCCACCUAAAGCACCAAACUUUGAUUGGGAGAUGUACCGUUAUGUUCCUUCUCUGGCUGGAGCCAUCGUAUGCCUCGUUGUCUUUCUUGUAAUGGCUUUUCUGCACUUGUAUCAGUACCUCAGGUCCAGGAAUAGGAUCAUCAUCUUCGUGGUUAUCGGCGCGCUCUGCGAGGUCGGUGGCUACGGCGCGCGUAUCGCAUCGCACUUCGACAACGAUGCCUGGCCCCAGUACAUCACCCAAGGUGUACUGACACUCGUCGGUCCUCUAUGGUUUGCUGCAACCAUAUACAUGAUGCUUGGCCGUACGAUCAGACUUGCUGGUGGAGAAGAUGUGAGUCUGAUCCCAGCGAGGUGGUACACAAGGAUCUUCGUCACCGCGGACGUCACGACCUUGAUCAUUCAGGGCCUAGGUGCCAGCAUCAUGGGUACGAUGCAACUCGCCCUCGCCCUCGCUGGAGAAAAAAUCGUAAUUGCCGGUCUCGCACUCCAAGUCGCUACCUUUAUUGUCUUCCUCAUCGCCUCAUUCGAUUUCCAAAUCCGUAUGAACAAGAAAGCCGAUCAUGCAUCUGCAGACUGGAAGAAGAUGCUUUACAUACUGUAUAGUGUCAGCGCAUUGAUUCUCUUCCGCUGUACAUUCAGACUCAUCGAGUAUGCGAUGGGUAACGCUGCUUAUUUGAUCGCUCACGAAUGGACGCUGUAUUGCUUCGACGCUGUGCCAAUGGUCCUAGUCCUGUGCGAUGAAGCACAACCUAUCUGUCGUUACUGCAGUGUGAGAGACCUGAAUUGCGAAUACGCACAGGACUUCCAGUCGACGUCGAGGACACCGUCUUCAGGACCAUCGCCUGGUCACGAGUUUCGAUCAUCAGCGUACAACAACGAGGCAGAUUUCAAUGAUCUUUCCUUCCAGUUGGCGCCGUGGCUCGUUCCAGCCUCUCCAACAUCUAUAGGCACCUUUGCACACCUCGAUCACCAGUUAUUGCAAUACUACAAAGCACGUGUCUGGCGCGAAUUUGUAGUGCGCGACGACACCGUCUUGAACAACUUGCACGAGAACGUUGUCCCCCGACUAGGCAUCUCUCAUCCUUUCCUUCUCUACGCUAUGCUCAGUAUCGCCGCAAACCACAGCAACGAGCUUAUGCCAAACAAGACCGUUGAGAAACAAGCACUACUAUAUCGCCAAAAGGCUUUCUCUUCUUACAAGGAAGUACUCAAAGACAUCACCGCAGAGAAUUACGAAGCAGUCCUCGUCACAGGAGGUCUUUUCCUCGCUCUAGUCCCACCACCGUCUACCAACAAUGACGAUGAGUACCUAGAAUGGAUGAUAACACUACUGAAACUAAGCGAAGGACUUCGUAUCCUUGCUUCACUCCGAUGGGCACAAGGCAUGGAGAAACUCUCCGUUUACCCCUUGGUGCGACGAGAACUACGCACUUUGCCACCACCGCCUAUCGUUGAUGUCGCAGGUGUAGAUGCUCCUAUCGGGCCCCUAGGAACAACACCCAGCAAUCCUAAUCCAGCACCAACGUACCCACCGACACAGUUCCCCACACAGACCCGCCUGUUCCUACCUCCACCUUUGAUGCAGCUCCUCGGCAACAUUGUCCGUGGCAAAGAAUCUGGAUCUGUUGACUGGCAUAGACCAACGCUACUUCCUGUGUUCCACGCUCUAUCCCCUAUAUUCCUGUCCUUGUACUACUACCACCUGAAUCCUGAUCUCUACGUCCGCAUCUUUUGUUUCACGUCGUUCCUUAUGCCGGAGUUUCUCCAGCUAGUGCGCCAAAGAGAACCUCGUGCUCUGGUGCUGGUGGCAUGGUUCUUUACCUUGGCCGAGUUCGUGCCCAAGGGCUUCUGGGUCGGGGGUAGAGGGCGAAAAAUUAUUAAGAUUCUUGGACGGGAGAUUAGAGCACGGUCGUCUAGGGACGAUGGAUUUGUGGAAGGUGUUUUUGAGGGUGCGCAGAGGAUUGUCGAUGUGUUGAUGAGGGAAGGGGACGAGGCGGCAGCGAAGAGUGUGUUCGAGGAUUGGCCUGGCGUCAGUUGGGAGGACCGACCUGGUAGAGAUGAGGAAUGGGAGUCUGGACUUUUGAGGACUUGGGUGAUUUGA